AUACAGUUUAGCGUGUUAUAUUGAAAGGCAAGGGACAGUACUGGCAUUAACUUUGCACUUGAAUAGCGCCUGUGUUAUGGUCAUCUGAUCAUAAGCCUGCGCAGACCGGAGACACAGUGUAAAAGGAAAGCGGCAGUUUGAGACCGGAGACCGAGACUGUUAGUCGACCAUGAAGUUGGUCCUGGUGCAGUCCUCCAGUGAAACAAACGAGUUUAGGAAUCUAAGAGACAGUAGAGUUUAUGAAUAUUGUAUCAAGUCACAAGAAAGUUUAAAGAAAGGAAAAUGACUUCUUUAGCUGCCCAGUUAAGACAAUUAGCAGUCCCUGAAACUCAAAUACUUCUCAGUGGUGACCUGAAGCAAGCUUCUUUUCUUUACGAUGAGGGGGAAGCAGCUAAAUUUGAUAAACAGCAUUUCUAUAACAUAGGUAUUAAUGGCCUCCAGCAGUUGAUAGAGAAAGAUGCAAGGUUCAUGGUAUAUGAACACAACUUGUUCAGCCCAUCCUCACAGACCCUACAGCGUUAUGUACAAACUUCAGACGUCAACAAAAAACUGGAUGACACCAUCAAUACAUUUCUUCUGAUGUUAUCCCCCUACAUGCAGCUUCGAGAAGCUCACAAAGCAAUGGAAUGGAUGGUUCACAGAUAUAAUGUUCACCUACGCAAUGUCGAUGUUUUGAUGAUGAGUGUGCUACCUUAUCAUGACCAGCAACCAUUUGUUAUGGCUCUGCGUCUACUGAAAAUGAAUAGCAAUGAGUGUAUCAAAUGGAAAUGGCUUGAACCUGUAAAGAAAGGUGGAAGCUUCUUGCCCAGACAGACUCUUAUUCAACAUUGCAAGUCUGUCAAAGGUUUUUUAGGAUUUAUUUGCAACAUGCUACAGAAACAUAUUGAGGCCAAUACAGAUGAUGAAGGCAACCCAUCAGCUCGACAUUUGCAAAGAGUAGUUUUGUUCUACACCCAAAUUAUUACAGGUACUUUGCAGAUGGGGCCUCCUUCCGAAACAAUGCUCUCCACCUUACUGCCGGCUAUCACAGUUGGUCUUAAGUCACAGCAGCUACCUGAGCUAGUGAUGUCCUCCUACAUGAUACUGGUUCAAAUUGUGGCACAGACCUCUUUGGCCAAUACAUUGCUUGAAUCUCUGGUCAAUGUCAUAGCAAAGAAUGUUGAACCAAGCCUUUUAAAGAAUGCUGUGACUGUCCUUACAAUCAUGUAUCAAAGACAAAAUAUCACUAGAAUACCUAAAAAAGCUUUCAAGUAUUUAUGCAGACAUGCUUCGCUGAAGCCAAUACUGGCUGGUUUAGACAGUGAAGCUAAGAUUGAGCCUUUCCUUUGUCCAUUCAUGCAAGCCCUGACCAAAAAAGCUCUUAAGGAAGUGAGUGUCAAUGCUUUAACUAGUGACAGUAAUCCAGAAGAUAAUGAGGAUGUAUCACAGGCCUCGCCAAUGUCACUGCUCAUUGAAAUGCUUACAACAAUGACAAUGGAAAAGGAUGUAAUCAUUGUCAUAUUUAGAGUAUUACUAACUUGGUUUGUACAACAAAGAUCAGGCUCAUCAAUGGAGGUAGAGGAUUAUCAAGUAGAUGCUCCUUUUAGAUUAUUCAGAAUUUUAGAAAACAGAUUUUCAACUAUUGUAGAGAGUAUUAUACAGGAAGCAGCUGACAAUGCAGAUGAUCCUGAGAUGCAAGAAGUGAUUAGAAAUCUUUUAGAAAAAUCAGCUACUUCAGCUCAGCAGGAUCUGAACACAGACCCAACAUCUAACUUAAUAAUCUGUCUAUACCAUAGACACAGCAUUGUGAGAAAGCAAGCUGUAGAAAGGUUGCUCCAGGAUGUUAACUUGUUGGAUGAUAAAGCUAGUGUUCAAUCUGCAUUGGCAUUGAGGCUACAGGAUACAGAUCCUACAGUUGUUGCUGCUGUGUUAAACAACCCAUUGGGUCUUUGGGAGUUAUUUGAAGAUAAAGUUUUUUUGUAUCAAACUUUAUUGAAGAAACUUCAAAAUAUUGGCUCUGAAAAGAACACAGUUAGAGAUAUUACUAUCAAGGCCCUGUGCUACUUACCUGACAAUGUGGCAGACGAAAUUGAAAUUACUGGAAUCAUUAUGUCCUAUUUUCUACCAGCAGAAGUGGAAGAUAUGGAGCUUCUCCAGAAUAUUCUGAACUCAUCCCUUGCAGGAAGGCACAGUCUGCUCAUCCAUCUUAAGAAACAUUGGCAACCUUGUUUAAACCAGAAAAUUGCAAGUGCUGAUGAUAUGGCUAGUUUGUUUGUUAAACUGAUAGAUGCGCUGACAUCUUACAUCAUUAAAGGAAACAUGCCACCAGACAAAUUUGUGGAGACUCUGUAUACAAAUCUUCAUGUUAGCUCCAACCUAAGAACAGCUGCCUUCAUUAUUUUAUGUGUCUGUGAACAUUUGAUCCAAACUGUGACCAACCAACUGGUGAAAUCUAGUCUUCAGAGGUUGACAGCCUUUUUCAUCUCAGAUUUAACUCUCAACAAGCACAUCAUACUAGUCAAGAAUGACAAUGUGAGUGCCAUCAGCCUAUCCCAAUGUUUGAGUGUCAUUGUGUCACAGGAUCACAUUCCCAUGUCAUUCUUUGUUCCUUUACUGGACAAACUGGCCAUGAAAUCUGUACUAUUAUCUCUCAAAGAUGCCAAUUUUUGGAUGUUGUCGACUGGCCAAACAAGCGUGGAAUCCAAUUGGCUUCAGACCAUUGUUAUUAUCUUCAGUCUUAUGUUUGAGCUGUUAAAUCAAAAGAAAAGUGUACCCCACGAGCUGGCUAAGACAAAUAUAGCUCAUUUGCAACAGUUACUUCGAGAUCCCAAGGAUAUGCUCAAGUUUUUGUGCAUGGUUUGGAUGGCUUCUGACAAUCAAGGAGUGAGCACUAAGUUUAAAGCUGAAACCUUACAGUUUAGUCAAGUGUUUCUGAAAUCUCUCUCUGCCCAUGAAAAAGAAACAUUGUUGACCAAAUGUUUACCAGUUCUACCAUGUCUUCUUAUUUUGCUGUCAAGCCAGUUUGAGAAAGUUCGGGAAAUGGCUGUAAACAUGUUAGAAUUAUUGACUAAAACAGCAUCUGCGAGUUCACACUUACUUUGGUUCUCUGGAAAUCUUUUAAAGUACAAGCAGGAAGUGACUAAAGACAAUGAGUUUUUGUCACAAGUUUUGACAAAUAUUUUAGAAGGAGAGUUGGCAUCUUGUGAGUCCCCUGCUAAGAAGCGUAAGAGAACAAGCAGUGCUCUCCCUGUACAUCUAGAAUGUGUUGAUUUCUUUAUGAAGCUUAUUUCAGAUACUACACCUUGUAGUAUCAAAUGUGGACUGUUGGCUAUUUUGUCAAGACUUGAUACAGUUGAGAGUUUUGAGCCUUUAAUACCUGUGCUAAAGAACCUAUUAGAUUUAAUGGAAAAAUCAAAUCUUUCACAUGAACACAAAACUGUUGAUCUAAGUGUGGAACAAAAAGAACUGGUGUCUCUUCUAAUAAAACGUUUCACUAGUAAUGUGGCUGGAUGUAUUGGAGAGAAAUCUGAAUGCCUGCAGACUUUACUAAAAGCUCUGAAAAGUUCUUUUAAAAUCAAGGAAUCUGGUGACACAGUUCAAAUGUUGCUACUGAAACAGCUAAGUGGCCCAUUUCUGGCAGCUGUUCCUCUGUCUUCACGUCAAGCUAUAUUUACAGAACUGCUGACAGUGCUGAGUACAACCUCUAACCCUGAGGUGGGAAGACUCUGUAAGAAAGUGGUGAAACAUAUGACUCUUGACUCAGUGAUAGUAAUAGAAGAACUGAAGACAGUCCUUACAACAUCUUCUCCUGGAACUAUUCGUGAGGCAAAGAAACAAAAGUUACAAGCAUCAGGGUCAGAUGAGAACUCAGAAUUUGACAAAUUACACUGGAAACGUAUUGUUCUUCUUUUUGAGAUGAUUCAAAUUAAAAAGAAAAUCAGUAAUGCUGUGCCACUCAUUCCAGCAGCUUUUCAAGUACUUGGCAGAGUUUUAGAAUUAGAACAUAAAGGCUCUGGAGAGUACUUCAAGCAACUAAUUCUUGGUACUAUCAACUUUAUUUGUUCUCGUCAUCAAAAACAUAGUGAAGAAAAUGAUAAUACUGAUUCAGUGAAAGGAGAACAUCUAAACAUGGAGCUUAUUGUCAACUGUGUUAGGAGUUCUGAUAAUCCACAUACACAUCAGCAAGCUCUGAUGUUACUAAGUACUGCUGCCAAGAUUGCCCCAGGAUUACUUCUUCACAAUAUGAUGACAGUGUUCACAUUUAUGGGAGCAAAUAUCUUACGUCAGGAUGAUGCUUACAGUUUUCAUGUUAUUGGCAAAAUCUUAGAGAAUGUUAUUCCUGCACUCAUACUAGCUUGCCAAGAAAAGAGUAAAGAUAAUGAUAAGAAGAAAAAGUCUUCAAAAGACAAGAUCAGAUCAGAAGAAAUGAUGACAGUGAUACUUAGGGUGUUUGUAGAUGCCAUUCCACACAUACCAUCUCACAGAAAGAUUGUGCUGUUUGAAAAACUGAUGUCCAUCUUGGGAGCUGACAGAUACUUGUGGAGACUGAUUUUAUUGUUCAUUGAAAGUGUAACAGUCAGAUCCAAAACUUUGGAAGAAAAUCAAGUCACUGAGACGGAGAAUGAAAAGUCCUCUGGACCAUUGAACCUAUCAGACUUGGAGUUCCUGUCUAGCAUUGUAGAAAAAUUCUCCUGUACUCAAUUGUUCCAAUGUUAUCAAUUGUCUCUGUCAUAUGUGCUAGAGCUUCCAGAGGAAAAACAAGGGAUUCAAGUGUUACAGUUCAACAAAGAAAGUUUAAGUCUAGAAGAUAUGAGCUCAGAGGACAUGGAGAUAUUUAGUAUUUCACAUCACAGUGCUAAGCAACUGAGGCAUUUCAAGUUUGCUACUGUCUAUGCUUUGAAUGAAUUCAUCUGUAGUCAACAUUUAGUAGCUCAGAUGGCUGUAAGUGACCCAAGUGUGUUUCUAAAUAACUAUCAAAGUUUGUUGGAGACUGUCUUGAAGUUUAUUGGACAAGUUACAGAGUCUAGUCAAAGACUUAGAGAAAGCAAUAGUUCCAGGUUCUGGAGAAUUUUAUUGAACAAGUCGCAUGAUGUGCUAGACAAUCUUGUCAAUCUCCUACCUGAUUCAAUGUUUAUGGAUGUGGUGUCUGGAUUAAUGAAUCAUUCACUGCCUCUUGUACAGAGGAGAGCUAUGGAGUUACUUAAUAACAAAUUGCAACAUUAUAAGGAGAAUCUGACACCAGCUCAGAUUGAUAUGCUAAUCACUAUGACAACUAAACUGAUAUCUAUAGCAAGUCAGUGCCUGUUGAAAGGUAAAACAUCUGUUAAAGAAGAAAAUUUAGUCAAUGGACAGACAGCACUAUAUUCACUCAAAGUCUUAUGUCGUGUCUUAGGAGAUAAACACGAGCACCUGACUGAGAUAUUACAGUUAUGUAUAAAAGUUCUUUCACGACACACUGACAAUGGCAUGGUUUGUGCGUCCUCCUUGUUGUGUGUAGCUGAGGCAGUGAGCAGUCUUAAACUACACUCCAUUGAAUUCCUGACACAAUUUAUGCCAUUGGUUAUUGAUCACCUGAAAUCUCCAGCUAUCACAGAGCAUGAAGUUCUUCUCCUGGCAGCCAUAACCUCAUUACAGAAAAUUGUUGAAUCAAUGUCAGCAUUCCUUAGUCCAUUCCUUGUAGACAUCAUUGUACAGGUUUGCCUUAUAAGUUCCAAUGUAGAGUCUCAGUCAGAUGCACAUAAACCUACAGUGAUACAAAAAAUAAAACUUAUUUGUUCUACAUUAUCAGUUAUGACACCAACUAGAACCUUCCUGCCUGGACUAGAAAAAUCUUUCACAGCUCUAGAGGAUAAAUUUGUGACUUGUGCUGAAUACGCUAUGACAAUGUUAAAAGAUCAUAUUGUGAAAAUGUCCAAAGACGACCUCACAACAUUCUCUCCGGAUCUUCUCAAAUUUUUCUUUGCCUGUUUUGAUCUUCGAGCAACACAUAAUGAGUUAAGUGAUGAAGAUCUGAAUGUAAUUGAAGGAUGCAUUAUUGAAGCCUUUGUGUGUUUAGUAUUUAAACUUUCUGAAGCUCAGUUCAAACCAAUGUUACUUCAGAUUUACAACUGGGCAACUGAUGAAAAUGUGAACAAAAAGAGAUUAAUUGUCUUCUACAGACUUUGUGACAGUCUUGCAGGCAAACUAAAGAAUCUGUUUACAUUGUUUGCUGGUCACAUCAUCAAACACAGUGCUGACAUGUUGGACACAAACAAUAGAAGCAAACAAAAAUGUAAAUUAUUUGGCAAAGGGAAAGCUGCUCGUGCCAAGGUGUGCGGUCUGUUGGUGCAUAUUAUAGACUGCUUACAGAAAACAUUUGCUCAUGACACAGAAGGUUUUUUGACCAAGGAAAGAUUUGAUACUGUCAUGCAAUCUUUAGUUGAUCAGCUGGAGAACACAUUGGGCAAACCUUCAGUAUGUGAAGACAGAAUUCUAAACCAUGUUGUUCCAUGUAUUGCCAGUCUGGCAGCAGCUGCUCAUGAUGAUUCACUGUGGAAAGACUUAAACUAUCAAAUUCUACUCAAGACUAGACAUGAAAACUUCAAAGUUCGAAUCUGGGCUCUAGCAGCCAUUGAUGCUUUCCACAAACAAUUGGGAGAGGACUACACACAACUUGUGCCUGAAACAAUACCAUUUAUGGCUGAACUCAUGGAAGAUGAGCACGAUGAAGUGGAAAAAUUGACUCAGAAAGUUCUGGCUGCCAUGGAAGUUUCAGUGGGAGAAAAUUUACAAGAAUAUUUUUAGAAUAAUUAUGUACAGAACUGAAUUACGUAUUUUUCUCUUUAAUCUUGCUGUACUUUAUGUGUAAAAUAGGUUGAUGAAUACAAAAAAAAUGUAUUAUUAAAAAGUAUAUAAUUGAAA